AUGACAGAGAACACAAUUUGCGAGGGCCAGGAUGUGCGGAUCAAUGGCGCAGCCAAACCGGACAGGUCGGCGGCUCUGACGCGUGGCUCAUCGACGAGAACGCUACCGGAAAUUUGCUUUGAGCUGCAAGCCAAGAUUGAUGCAUUCCUCUGCGAGGAAACCGAAGACGAUGUCUUGCGCGGCGUGCAGAGUCAGGUCAAGGUGUCGAUGGGGGUGAUUCAGGAGGCGCUGCGCCGGUAUGGGCUCGAUCACCUGUCCCUGUCGUACAACGGUGGCAAGGACUGCCUCGUCCUCCUCGUGUUGAUACUGGCCUGCCUGCCGCGAUCCGCUUCGCACUCGCACUCGCCACCACCUCGUGCGGCCGAAGCCACGGCGGCGGCGCCUGAACCUCCCAAUCAUCUCAUGCCCUCAUCAACUGCCCCUGCCUCCGACCGGCCCCUCCAGGCGAUAUACAUAGUCUCACCUCAUCCGUUCCCAGAAGUGGAGGACUUUGUGGCCCAAUCUGCAGAAGGGUACCGCCUCGACCUCAAGCGCUAUGCACUGCCCAUGCGGCCGGCUCUCGAUGCCUACUUAGAGGAUAGACCCGCUAUCAAGGCCAUCUUCCUAGGUACACGGCGGACAGAUCCACACGGCGAGUUCCUCACGCACUUCGAUCCGACCGAUAAGGGCUGGCCGCAAUUCAUGCGCGUCCACCCCGUCAUUGACUGGCAUUACGUCGAGAUUUGGGCGUUCAUCCGGCACCUCCAGAUACCGUUUUGCGACUUAUACAACCGUGGGUUCACAUCGCUAGGCGGUGUCACCGACACUCGCCCUAAUCCAGCCCUCGCCGUUGGCGGAGAUAGGUGCAAGUUCCGGCCGGCAUAUGAGCUUAGGGACGACGACGAGGAACGCCUAGGCCGUGAUACUUGA